AUGUCUGAUAGAUACAGACCACCUCCUACAGGUCCCAAAGGGAAGAGGAAUUACAACGAGGGUCUGCAUCCAGCGGAUCGACGCCCCCGCCCCGCGGGUGAUAAAUUCACCCCAACCGGGCCUAAGCGAUUUCAAGAAAGAGAUAACUAUCGGCCUUCAAGUGAUUCCUACAAAUCUAACCAGAAUCCCAACCAUAGCCAAAGAUCGUUUCCUACUGGACCUUCCGGCGCCAAACCAUCAGCAUCGGGGACUCGAAGUGCGCCACCAGCAGGUCCUUCUGGGUAUAAAUCUGGAACUCCUGGUGCUGGUAGCAAACCUACAACUACCAGUACUAAUGGCAAUUACUAUAACAACACAAAUAAAAGACACAGCGGUAACUUCAGCACCGCAAAGUAUGAUCCACUCAAUAAAAAGCCAAAAUUCAACCCAGGAGCACUUUCAAGAGUCCCUGCUGUUAGACAAGAACCCCUCAAAAUCCCUACUAAGUUGGACAAGAAUCAGAUAUAUCUGAUAAGGACCGCUAGGUCGUCUGAAAUCUUUCAAAGAACCCAGCAGGUGGGUGAAGGAACAUAUGGGAAGGUUUAUAAGGCCAAAAACCAAGUGACCCUGGAGUUUGUGGCCUUGAAACGGUUGAGAUUAGAGACCGAGAAAGAAGGGUUCCCCAUUACAGCUAUCCGAGAGAUCAAAUUGCUUCAAAGCUUCGAUCAUAAGAACGUAAUAGGACUACUCGAGAUGAUGGUGGAGCAAAACCAGAUCUUCAUGAUCUUUGAUUACAUGGAGCAUGAUUUGACAGGGUUGUUGACACAUCCAGAAUUGAAGUUGGAAGACUGCCAUCGAAAGUUCUUGUUCAAACAGCUUAUGGAGGGAACUGAUUAUUUACAUCAAAAACGGAUCAUGCACAGAGAUAUCAAAGGAUCAAAUAUCUUGAUAGAUAACAUAGGACGGUUAAAAAUCGCUGAUUUUGGCCUUGCUAGACCUAUGAAGAUUGUUAAGGAUGGCGAAAGCCCAGAUUAUACCAACAGAGUCAUCACCAUCUGGUAUAGACCCCCUGAAUUAUUGUUGGGCUCUACUGAUUAUGGUAGACAAGUUGAUAUAUGGGGUGUUGGGUGUCUUUUGAUCGAAUUAUACACGAAACACGCCAUUUUCCAAGGAUAUAACGACGAAGUCAGCCAACUACACAAGAUCUUCAAUAUAAUGGGAACUCCUACUUUAGAGGACUGGCCGGAUAUCCAAAAUUUACCGUGGUUCGAGAUGUUAAAGCCUAAAAUCAACAAGGUAAGCAACUUUGAGGUGUUGUUCAAACACUCCAUGACCGAAGACAGUUUUGAUUUAGCCCUCAAAUUGCUCCAGUUAAACCCCAAUAAGAGACUUACAGCACACCAGGCAUUGAAUCAUCACUAUUUCACCAAAGAUCCCAAACCAGAACCGUUGUUUUUCUUGAAAGAACUCAAGGGCGAAUGGCAUGAAUUCGAGACCAAGAAACUUAGAAGAAAAGAACGGAAACGACUCCAAGACGAGCGAGAACGCCAGAAGGCUCUGGGAGAGGUCCCUGGAACGGCUUCGUCACGCCCCAAUGCCAGUCCCAACACGGGCAUGCGAUCCAUUCCCAUUCCUCCAUCUGCUCCACAUACCGGUCCCCAAACCGCCCCAAACUCAGGCGGAAACGACGUUGAAAUGACAGAUCCAGCCACAUAA